AUGUCAACUUUUACGGAAUUGCCUCCGUCUUCUGUUCCAGUCUUCACUACCUUAGCUUCGUAUAGGGAAUGGAGACAAAAUGUGUUUGAUCAGAAGAAGUCCGUAGGAUUUGUCGCUACGAUGGGUGCUCUGCACGAGGGACACCUCUCCCUGGUAAGGAAAUCAUUAGCAGCGAACGAUCUCACGGUCCUGUCUAUAUUCGUGAAUCCGGCGCAAUUUGCGCCGCACGAAGAUCUUACGACAUACCCUCGCACUCUACCACGCGACCUUGAACUUCUGUCCUCCAUAUCUCUUUCUGUCCUGGUGCCCGGAACCGUUGAGGAGAUCGUCCGCACUCCUUCUGCUGUAUUUCUUCCUUCGGUUCCAGAGAUGUACCCGUCAGGGAUUUCGCAGGACGUCUCGGAACAGAAGGGGACGUUCGUCGAAGUGAGGGGCUAUGGCCAUCAAAUGGAAGGCAAGAGUCGACCGAAUUUUUUCCGUGGAGUGGCCACGGUCGUGACUAAACUGUUCAAUGCUGUCGAGCCGACACGGACGUAUUUCGGGCAAAAAGACAUUCAACAAGCACUGCUUCUGCGUCGGAUGACACGGGAUACCCUCCUUUCGCAUCCGUCUCCAGAGAAUCUUCACAUUGUACCCACCGCUCGAGACCCUGUCACGUCACUGGCGCUUUCCUCCCGCAAUACCUACCUGACGCCUCGCGAACGCGAACUUGCAGCGCCUGCCCUGUAUGCAGCGCUCAUGGUGGCUCAAAGCGCAUGGAGUUCCGGAGACAACAUCGACACAUGUAUUCAACGAGCCAGACAAGUCAUCUCCGAGACUGAGACGCGAUUGAAUUCCGGUCAACACGAGAAGAUUGACAUGAAACUAGACUAUAUCGAAAUGAAUGAUCCUGAAACAUUCAAUUUACUUUCGGGAGUUACUACCAAGGCUCAAUGGGAAGCUGAAAAAGAUGAAGGCAGGGCUGUCGUAUUAAGUGGGGCAAUGUGGGUGGGGAAGACGAGGUUGAUUGACAAUGUAAUAUUAGGCGAUCCGCGGCGGUUGGGCAUUGUGGACUGA